AUGGGCAAGACAGACGACAUGGAUUUUACACGCGAAGUAUCCCAUGCAGAUGGCUUGAUUGUACGGGGUGAAAAGCCUUUCAACGCCGAGCCACCUGCGUCUGCGCUCGUCGAGUUUAGGUAUACGCCAGAGGAGUUGGUUUACUGUCGGAAUCACAGUGCGUCUGGUCUUUCAUUCAUUCAGGUGGUUGCUGGUUUGACUGAUUAUCAUAUCUUGGGACGACUUUGUCGAUUGUACGAUAUAGGCCCUGUAUUUGAGUUGGAUGAGGAUGAUUGGACUGUUACUAUUGAUGGUAGCGAUGGACUUUUACCGAAGCCAAUGGAAUUCAAUCUCAAGGAGUUGAAAGAAAACUUUACUUAUGCAGAAGCUGUCGCCGCUCUACAGUGCGCAGGAAACCGACGAAAGGAAAUGGGUGCUAUCAAACCCGUGAAGGGUAUCACCUGGGAUAAUGGUGUCAUCGCGAACUGUCGUUGGGGUGGUAUUCGUUUGCGUGAUGUCCUCCUGCACGCUGGAGUUGACGAGUCCAUGGCGAUGGACGACGAUGUACAUGUAUGGUUCGCAUCGCAUGUGUCUACUUGUCAGGACGAUUCGUAUUAUGGUGGUUCAAUCCCGCUGAGAAAGGCGUUGGACCCAGAAGGCGAUGUUCUACUUGCUUAUGACAUGAACUCACAAAGCAUGUCUCCCGAUCACGGCUAUCCUCUCCGAAUAGUCAUCCCAGGCUAUACAGGCGCUCGUUGGGUAAAAUGGCUUGGGCGUAUCAAUAUCGCGCGUGGAGAGUCGCCGAAUUUCUACCAACAACGGGAUUAUAAGGUGCUUCCACCAGAAUGUACAAACGCUGAACAAGCCGCUCCGUGGUGGGAUAAAGUGGCUUCCAUCGAAUCGUUGCCUGUUAACUCUAUCAUUGCGAGUGUUAAUGAGGUGUAUGGAGAGGAAGGGAAGAUACGUAUUAAAGGAUACGCGAUGGGGAAUGGUGGAGUUGGGGGGCAGAUCGCGAGUGUGCAGGUUGCGAUUGAACCUGACGAGGAAGGUGCUGAAGAACAGUGGGUGGAUUCAGUCAUCACGUAUCAAGAAGGCAAAUGGAGUUGGACACUUUGGGAAUGCUUACUCGAUGUCGGACCAAUGAAGGCACGAAUUGAGGGAAAGGGCGGAAAGCGAGAAAUGAAGCUUGUGUGUCGUGCAAAGGAUGGGAAAGGUGAUAUGCAGAAGAGGGAGUGUGCGUGGAAUAUGCGCGGUGUUGCAUUUAAUGCAUAUGGGCAGGGCGUUUGGCGGUGGUAA